UGAUAAGAAUUUAUUGCAAUUAAUUAAAACCACAACUAUUGUCAUUCUACUAAUAUUUUGCUUGUUGGAGACAUUUUUAUAUAUAAUAGUGUACCUAAAAGAGAAAGAUAAAUAGGCACAAAUAUGCACAAUUUAUCACCUGUGAGCAAUAUUGAAAGCCGUAAAAAGUGAAAGUACAAAAAUGAAGAUAAAUAUAUAGGAUAAGUGUACAGGAUUAUAGACAUUGACAUUUCGCUAUUAAUCCUUUCAUGCGGGAUACUUGUCACUUUAUUUUUCGCCACUCUCGAUUUGCCUCGCGGGUCAAUCGCGAAGGGAACAAUAGGUAAUAAAAACAGGAUACGUUGUUAAGAAAGGUAAAGAGAGGGAAGUAGAGGAUAAGAGGAGGGAGAGACAGGCCCUAGACUCAUCUUCGCGUUACUUUCACUUGAAGAACUCGUUUCAUCGCCGUGUAGACGAUGGGAGCGGUGCUCCUAUUACGUUUCGCGUAAUUCGAACGCGCGUAAUUCUUUGGUACAUUAAACUUUCGUUAAAAAAAAAAAAAAAUGGCGUUUCACCGGAUUCUACAAUUUUAUCUUCUACGAUACGCAUUAUUCAUCGCCACUGUCCGCACUGAAGAAGUUUUUAAUACCACGCCGCCAACCGUCAAAACGAACUUUUCCUGCUUCAAUCGGCCUAUGGGAUUUUACGCCGACGUCGAGGCGAAUUGCAGAGUGUACCAUACGUGCGACGAUCACGGGAACAAAUUCAGUUAUCGGUGUCCCGAGGAGACGGCUUUUCGCCAGGAUGCCUUGAUAUGCGAUCACGCUCAUCUCGUCGACUGCCAAGCGCCCGCCUAUCAGUCAGCUCAAUAUUCAGAUGAGAACGCCGACAAGGAUAAAGCGAUAAGAUCCCCGAUCGCGUCUGUUGAUCCAUUCGACGAUCAUCGGCCAUCGUUCUCACGCUUCUUUCAGGUGAUUCAACAGCCUGAAAAAUCCGCGUCCAAUAAGCCCGGCCUCGUGUUCCGCGCGAGUCUAUUUCUGAGAGAGCAGGACCGGACGCGAAACCAGGUUGGACAAACCGCGAAAUGGAACGCUAAUUCGAAGAAUGGCCUGGCAGUUUCCACCACGCGAGCGCCUAUCGAGCGUAUCAAUAAUUGGAAUCCACGUAACAAUAAGCCAAACCAGUCGCCGAGGCAAUCUUUGUCGUCAUCGGCGACUCGCGCUUUUGCACGAGACAAGAGCAGCGCGUAUCCCAGCCGUUCGUUCGCGCCGACCUCGAAUUCCUCGCCCGCGAGGACGACAGCGUUACCGGAUGUUAUCCAGCGUUCGCCUUCUCCGCGUGAGAAAUCUCCCUCCUCAAGUUACAACAGUGACUAUCAUCCGUAUUCGGAGACCCUGAGGUCGAUCCAGAUUAACGCUCAACCGACUGAUGACAAGGAGAUUCCCACCACGGAGAUUCCCGUGCACGCCUUGACGCUCUCCCUGAAGCCGCUGAUGCCGAACGAACUGGAAUACGAUCCUUACUAUCCGAAACAGCCGACGUCCACCGAGGCGUAUUACACACCCAGCAGUCGCAACGAGAUCGACGCGAACGCCCGUCUCUCUAGCUCCAGCCAAGCGCCGCCGAUCGGGCGUCUUCCCUUCGAAAUCCCGUCCGUACUGCCCGAUCUGAAUGCUUUGGAGGAUCUGGUUGAUCGCCGGAAGCUCUUCUACAUCCCGCGCGCAAGCAACAAAUCGAUAUAACGCGCUCUUAAAACUCCCCAUGCUGCAAUCAUAUUCAAUUAUUCGGGAAACGAAAAUCGUGCCAAAUUUCUUCUCAAGCUACACGAAAUAAAACAGUUUUCUUUGCAUAUAUUAGCGAGUGAUGGAAAAAUUAAUUUGUUUUGAUGUACACUCGUGCAAGGAAAAAAAUGUGCACAAAUUUCUCGCUUCUGUAAUUUAAUACGAUUGCAGUGAAGAGAUAGAAGUUUUAAUUAUGAUUUUAUAUUCGUAAUAUGUGCGAAAAAAUUUUAAAUUGUUUGCUACGUUAAAAGUGAGCUAUGUAUUGUAUUUAUAUUGGCAUAUAUUGUUCGCGACUUAUGCGAAGAUGAUUGAAUGCAAAUGUCUAAUAAACAUUGAAUACCACGGAA